GCAUUUCCUCAGCUUAGGGUAAGAAGCCCGGAGAGAAGAGGAACCCAGCGGUGAAUAGAUAACAUUUACGGACAACGAUGUUGAAUACAACAACGAGGUAUGCCAUUUCCAAAUUCCACUUCUCUUUGAGAUGCACCCACUCUUCCACUGCUUCUCUGUCUUUGAUUAGGUUAUAUUCUCCUCUUUCUCAUAACAUUGAUGAUGCUGUCUCCUCUUUCAUGUCCGCUCUCGCUAAGCCUCAUCCUCCGUCUGUAAUUGAAUUUAAUAAGAUUUUGGGAUCUAUUGUUAAGAUGAAAGCAUACCCUACUGCUCUUUCACUCUUUGCUCUUAUGGACUCUAAGGGAAUCGCUCCUUCCAUUAUUACUUUGAACAUCUUGAUUAAUUGUUAUUGCCACGCGGGUCGGAUGGAUUUUGCUUUUUCUGUUUUGGGUAAGAUUAUCAAGAUGGGUUAUGAAUUGGAUACCAUAACUUUGACAACACUAAUGAAAGGACUCUGUAUUAAUAGGAAGAUGAGGGAAGCUCUGGAAUUUCAUGACAGGGUAAGAGCAUUUGGAUUUCUGCUUGAUGAGGUUAGUUAUGGGACAUUGAUCAACGGGUUAUGUAAAAUGGGAGAAGUAAGAGCUGCCCUUGAGUUGCUGCUAAAGCUGGAGCGGCAACAGAUUAGGCCUAAUUUAGUCAUGUACAAUACGAUCGUUGACGGGUUAUGCAAAGAUGGGCUUGUAACUGAGGCUAACAAUUUGUUUUCUAAGGCAAUUGCCCAGGGAAUUUCCCCUGAUAUAGUCACGUACAAUUCUCUAAUUCAUGGUUUCUGUUGUGCCGGUCAAUUGAAAGAAGCAGCUCGAUUGCUGAAUGAAAUGGGUCAACAAAAAAUCAACCCAGACCUAUAUACACUUAGUAUUUUGAUUGAUGCAUUAUGUAAAGAAGGAAGCAUAGUAGAAGCUCAAGAGUUAUUUGAUAUGAUGUUGGAAAGAGGUCCUAAGCCUCAUGUUGUCACUCACUGUGCUUUGAUGGAUGGAUACUUUUUAAUCAAUAAAGUGAACGAGGCAAGAAAGCUAUUUGAUGAUAUGGACAAAAUAGGUUUGACACCAGAUGUUUGGAGUUACAGUAUUAUGAUUGAUGGAUAUUGCAAAAAUAAAAAGGUCGAUGAAGCUGUAACUCUCUUUAAUGAAAUGCGUCACAAAAAUUUGGUUCCAAAUCGUGUAACAUAUAAUUCUGUUAUUGAUGGCUUGUGCAAAUCGGGGAGAAUAACAUGUGUGCAAGAUAUUGUAAAUGAUAUGCAUCAAAAUGGUCAGGCCCUUGAUUUAAUUACUUACAAUAUCUUGUUAGAUGCUCUGUGCAAAGCCCAACUUCUUGAUGAGGCAAUUGCAUUAUUUCAGAAAAUUAUUAACAAAGGAAUACGUCUAGAUGUGUAUGCAAACAAUAUUCUUCUGAAUGGUUUGUGCAAAGGUGGGAGACUAAAGACAGCUGAAGAGUUUUUUCAUCAUCUUUUGAACCAUGGUUAUCGUAUAGAUGUUUGGACUUAUAAUAUUAUGAUCAGUGGGUUCUGUAAACACGGCUUCCUUGAUGAAGCCACAGCUUUACUUUCAGUAAUGAAAGGCAAUGAUUGCCUUCCUGAUGCAGUAACUUAUGAAACAAUUAUUCGUGCUCUUUUGAAUAAAAAUGAGAAAGGAAAGGUAGAGAAGCUUUUUCGUGAAAUGAUCGGUAAAGGCCUACUAAAGCGAGGGAACAAGGAUUCAAUGUCUACUAUUCCCUGGGAGGUGGAACAUAUUCUGGUAAAGGAACUGUGAUCUUCUUGAAGACUAAAUAGUAUCAAAUAAUAUGUAAAUUCUCAGUUUCCUUACCAAUGGUGUUUCUUGUCUCUUGAUAUUCUCUAUGAGCUGAGCACAGGUCUGUGGAAGUUAGCUGUGAACUAAGACAAUUGUUUCAAAGUGGAUAUUUAUUUCCCCUCUAACAUAUUAAGGAUUGUAGAAGUAUCAUACACUUUCUUUCCUUAUCUGUCCCAAAUGUUUAUACGCCUUUGGAUUGGUUAAAGAAUUGGGUUUGGUUUAAAGCAACAUUAGUAGUCUGCACUGUGGAAAUGUUAUUACUGCUCACAUGUAGCCCUGUUUUUGUUUGUGUUAUAUCCUCAUAUUAUCCAAAGGUGUGUG